AUGGGUGGCCUAGCCAUAAACACUACCACACCGCAAGGGUUCUACAAGCCUGAAGAGAAAGUCUUCUGCAAUGACGGCCGCGAAAACCAGUUGCUCCGUUUUGUCACCACGCAUCCCCAACUCUCCGCCAUCCGCAACUCGCCCGAGGCUGUACUGGCCAGUAUCGACGAGUUCGCGCGCACCAAAGACUUUCUCAUGAACGUGGGCCCACAUAAGGGCAGCAUAAUCAGUGACCUUAUUGCCACGGAGAGGCCGAGCUCAAUUCUCGAAAUCGGCGGCUACAUCGGCUACUCAGCCAUCAUGUUCGGCCGCGCCAUGCGCAAUACGGGCGUUUCAGCCCCUCGCUACGUCAGUCUCGAGAUGAACCCAACCUUCGCAUCUGUGUCGCGCGCCUUGAUUGAGCUUGCCGGCCUCAGUGAUGUCGUUGAGGUUCAAGAGGGUCCGUCUCGAGCGUCAAUGAAACGUCUUGCAGCGGGCUCCUCGAACCAGGGAUCCAGCGCGAAGUGGAGUAUGCUGUUUUUGGAUCACUCCAAGAUCUCGUACUUAAAUGAUCUGAAAUUGGCCGAGGAGCUGGGAAUCGUUGCGCCUGGGUCAAUUGUUAUUGCGGACGAUAUGAAACGACCGGGCAAUCCAAUGUAUUCAGAAUACGUGAGGGCUGAUACCGCGACAAAGGAGGCAGCGUAUAUGCCGUUUGUGGGCUGUCUCUCUGAUGGGAACAUCUCGCUGGGAAACCCAGAUCUGAUAUAUCAGACUAAGCUGGUGGAAGGGCUGGAGCCAACAGGCCACAUGGGCACAAGCCUCCUCACUUGA